CCCAUCUCUCUCUUUCCCUAAGCAGCCUGAGGUAAUCUGUGAAAAUGGUUCGCUAUUCACUUGACCCGGAGAACCCCACGAAAUCAUGCAAAUCAAGAGGUUCCAAUCUUCGUGUUCACUUUAAGAACACUCGUGAAACUGCUCAGGCCAUCAAGGGUAUGCAUAUGGGAAAAGCCACGAAGUAUCUGAAAGAUGUCACUUUACAGAAACAGUGCGUACCAUUCCGACGUUACAAUGGUGGAGUUGGCAGGUGUGCGCAGGCCAAGCAGUGGGGCUGGACACAAGGUCGGUGGCCCAAAAAGAGUGCUGAAUUUUUGCUGCACAUGCUUAAAAACGCAGAGAGUAAUGCUGAACUUAAGGGUUUAGACGUAGAUUCUUUGGUCAUUGAGCAUAUCCAAGUGAACAAAGCACCUAAGAUGCGCCGCCGGACCUACAGAGCUCAUGGUCGGAUUAACCCAUACAUGAGCUCUCCCUGCCACAUUGAGAUGAUCCUUACGGAAAAGGAACAGAUUGUUCCUAAACCAGAAGAGGAGGUUGCCCAGAAGAAAAAGAUAUCCCAGAAGAAACUGAAGAAACAAAAACUUAUGGCACGGGAGUAAAUUCAGCAUUAAAAUAAAUGUAAUUAAAAGGAAAAAAAAAAAAAAAA